UUUGUCCUACUUAGGGUGAAACGUCUAGAUCGCGAGGGCAUUACUUCUCACGUUAGGCCGGGAAAUCUCCCCUGAUUUGUCCGGUGAAACGACCAUCCCACAAACAAUAGUAAUCACGAUGUAUGCAUCACAGGUUUUUGUGCUUGGUGCCAUAAGUGCCCUACUCCUCUUCGUAACGAGAUUCUAUGCCGCUCGCAAGCAAGUAUGGAAACUGAAGAGCGCCAAUCUCCCAAUGCCAGAGUUCAAGCUCACGUCUGGUCACUUUCUGGCUCUGAAGGAGACUGUCAAGACUCUUCCGAAAAACGCAACCCUGCACACGGUCAUGAUGCAACUGUCAAAGAAGUUUCCCUCCGGAAUGUUCUACAUCAACAUGUGGCCUUUUAGCGGCACGUGGCUUGUGGUGACGACGCCCUCGGGAGCUUCACAAUGUCAAACUCUGAAUCUUAUCAAGCCAUCGAUUCUCACGAAACCACUGGAAACCAUCGGUGGUGGGCCAAGCCUGAUCACCAUGAAUGGAGAGACGCAUAAGAAAUGGCGUAGUCUAUUCAACCCAGGAUUUAGCCCCAGCUAUCUCAUGGGGCUGGCUCCGAUGAUUGCGGAUGAAGUGGCUGUAUUUUGCCGUUUGUUGAGGGAACAGGGUGGGAACAAGAACGCGGAGGUGCUAAAGUUGGAAGAUCUGACAUUACGCCUAACAGUUGACACGAUUGGAGCCGUUGCUCUAGACACAAGGCUACACCAUCAGACAAAGGAUAGCCAACUUGCUCUGGCACUUCAGCGUCAAAUCGAAUGGACAUCAUUCGGGACCACCUUUAACCCAUUUAAACGCCACCUCACCAUCCGCCCCUUGGUGUUGUGGUACAACAACCGCAUCAUGGAUCGGCUCAUUGGCCAGGAAAUUGACAAGAGAUACACUGAGCAUCUGCAGGAUCAAGGCUCAGGUGAAAGGCGCUCCAAAUCCGUCAUGUCGCUCGUGCUGGCUCAGUUCCUAGAAGAAGCCCAAGCCAAAGGCGCCCCGCCCCCUCUAUCCGAGUUCAAGAAACUAGUUGCGCCCCAACUGCGCGGAUUCCUGUUUGCUGGCCGAGACACGACGAGUAGCACCCUUCUUUAUUGUUUUCACCUCUUGGCUACGCAUCCCGAAGCGCUCAAAAGACUCCGCAGCGAGCACGGUGAAGUCUUUGGCGACAGGCUGAACGCGUCAAAAGCCCAUCAGGCCAUUGCAAAGGAACCUCAACGGCUCAACCAACUGCCGUACACGACAGCGGUGAUCAAGGAAGCGCUUCGGCUGUUUCCUCCCUCUGCGUCUUUACGCGAAGGCCGCGCUGGAGUCGAUCUUGUGGAUGAGAAAGGAAGGCGGUAUCCUACUGAGGGAUGCAAUGUGUGGACGCUGACAGUGGCGCUGCAUCACAAUGCCGUUUAUUGGAAGCAGGCCGAGUCGUUUGUGCCAGAGCGGUGGUUGGUAGGACCCGAGGAUCCCAUGUACCCCGUCAAGGGGGCGUGGAGGGCGUUUGAGCUUGGUUCUAGGGCUUGCAUUGGGCAGACGUUGGCGCUGAUGGAACUUCGAGUUGCGCUGGUGAUGACACUGUCCGAGUUUGAUAUCACUCCGGCGUACGAGGAUUGGGAUAGGAUGCAUCCGAGGCCGGGUGUCAAGGUGGUAAAUGGAAAUAGGGCUUAUCAGGCAGAGAAGGGUGGUGGUGGUGCGCAUCCUGCUGAUGGAUUUCCUUGUCGGGUUACGCUUCGCGACAUAGAUGGUAGAGGGUGACGUUCAGGGGUAAUGCACCAUUCUUCAGCUUUCCCAUGUCGCAACUC